AUGGAGCCGGAGUUCUGCUACGGGAAUGGCUCGUGUGUGAGGACGGUCUACCCUGUCACUGUCCGCAUCACCCUCUACUUGGCCCUGGGGUCUGCGGUGGUCCUCACGGUGCUGGGUAACCUCUUCGUGAUCGUCUCCAUUUCUCACUUCAAGCAACUCCACACGCCCACCAACUACCUGACCCUAUCUCUGGCCGUGUCCGACUUCCUGCUGGGGGUUCUGGUCAUGUUCCCUGGCAUGAUCAAUGCGGUCGAGACCUGCUGGUACUUUGGGGACAUGUUAUACCGCUAUUAUGCCGUGUGCCACCCUAUGCUCUACCCCCGUAAGAUAACGGUUCACACCGCGGUCGUCAUGAUCCUGGUCACAUGGUGUGUCUCUGCUGUGGUUGGCUUCGGGAUGAUCUUCCUCAAUCUGAAUAUUAUGGGAAUGGAGGAGUUCUACUAUAACAACGUGGUGUGCGAAGGAGGGUGCAUUCUUUUUACGACUGGGGUGGCCAGCACACUCUCGGCCGUUAUCGCCUUCUACAUCCCCGGGGUCAUAAUGCUGGGCACUUACCUGAAGAUCUACAUGGUUGCCCAGAGACAAGUGCGCACCAUAGGCCUACAGAACAGCCGCUCCUCCAAGUUGGACAAGCACCAGAGGAAAGCCACCAAAACGCUGGCCAUCAUCAUGGGUGUGUUUCUGUCCGUCUGGUUGCCGUUUUUCCUCUGUUUCAUAAUCGACCCCCUCAUCGGCUACUCUGUACCACCUGCUUUGUUCAACACAUUUGUGUGGCUGGGGUACUUUAAUUCCACUAUCAACCCAUUGGUUUACGCCUUCUUUUACAGCUGGUUUAGGAAAGCUUUUCAAAUUAUCAUUUCCGGUAGGAUCUUUCGGUCGGAUAUGUCGGACACAAAACUGUUUGCAGAGUGACAGUGGUUUCAUGUUGAGGACUCCAAGAAGAUGUGGGGCAAUGAAAAUUGAUGUCAACUGAUAGGCGGAAUUAAAAAAAUCCAAACGUUUUCCCCAUUAUGUUUACACGUCAUUAAAAUAACCAUAUCAUACUUCAUGAAACAAAAAAUCACCAAAUCCUGAAAUUAAUUGUGGUAUCAUUUUAUGGGUACUUUGCGUGCUGUGUUACAAAGUGUGAAAAUGGUAUGGAUUA